CAGAGAAGGCGCAAGUGCGAGCAAAAUUGUUCUCCUUCUCAAUUCGAGUCGAGCUCGUGUAAUCUCUGAUAAUAUUGUGUUAUAAUUACGUGUUAUCUCAAAUCAAGACUUUCAAUUGGUUUGAUAUCAAUUUGUUCCGAGCGUCUCUUCAACAUUAGUCAUAUUUAAUUGUGUUGUUUUACUAAAAAUCAUGUACUAAUACAUUCUACAGUUAGUUUCCAUCGCACUUGAAAACUAGAUAAUGUCAGGAGCGUUUGUACCAGGCAGUUCUGCCUCUGUUGUUUCGGAGGUGGAAUUAUCGAUCUCAGCUAGAAGUUUACUCGGGAGCGACAUCCUCUCCAAAUCGGAUCCUAUGUGCGUCACUUACGUACAACCAUUUGGUACCCAAGAAUGGAAAGAAUAUCACCGGACUGAAGUUAUAAAGGAUAAUCACGACCCGAAUUUCGUAUCUAAAGUAGUCAUUCAGUUUAAAUUCGAAGAACAGCAACCUUUGAAAUUCGAGAUCUACGAUAUUGACGGCACAAGCACCAAUUUAAGCAAUCAUGAUUUCUUAGGAUUCACCGUGUGCAAUUUAGGACAAAUAGUAUCCAGUGGAAAGGCAAAGUUACAAUUGCAACGAAAAACCGAUUAUGGACGAGUAGAACCUAUUCAAAGUUACAUUUUAAUCAGCGCUGAAGAAUUAUCCAGUAAUAAUGACGAGGUUACGUUGCAAUUCAGAGGUCAUAACCUGGAUAAGAAAGAUUGGUUCGGGAAAUCUGACCCGUUCAUUGAAAUUUAUAAAACCACCGAGAGCGGUGAAUUUAUUCUCGUUCAUAAAACAGAGGUCAUUAAAAGCACAUUGAAUCCACUCUGGAAACGAUUCUACUUACCGCUGAAAACGUUAUGUAACGCAGAUUACGAUCGAACUUUGAAGUUUAUGUGUUGGGACUGGAAUUCGAGCGGUAGUCAUAGUCGUAUCGGCGAAUUUCAAGCUACGCUCAAUGAACUUAGUCAAAGCGGUGCUAAGUUCAGUUUGAUUCAUCCGGAAAAAAAGAAAAAACAUAAUUACAAGAAUUCAGGCGACAUUUUGGUGGAAUUUUUUGAAAUUAAUAAGGUGUACUCGUUUAUGGAUUACAUAAAAGGUGGUUUACAAGUACACUGCACCGUUGCUAUUGAUUUCACAGGCUCUAAUGGUGAUCCAGCGACACCGAAUUCAUUGCAUUAUAUUACCCAUAAUGCUUUGAAUAAUUACGAGCAAGCAAUCAAUUCGGUAGUAUCUAUUAUACAAGAUUACGAUACGGAUAAACAAUUUCCUGUUCUCGGUUUCGGUGCUCGUUUACCUCCUGAUGGGCGUAUUUCGCACGAAUUUUACGUCAAUAUGAAUCCGAAUAAUCCAUAUUGUAACGGAGUAGCAGGAGUCCUUGACGCUUAUCGUACUUGUAUACGGCAAGUUCAGUUAUACGGUCCCACCAACUUUACGCCGGUUAUCGAGCAUGUUAUUAAAUUUGCUCAAAGUUAUAACGAUGGAAAUAACUACUUCAUUUUAUUAAUCCUCACCGACGGCGUUAUCUCUGAUAUGCCUCAAACAGUGAGAGCUAUUAUAUCAGCUUCUGCGUUACCUAUUUCGAUCAUCAUAGUAGGUAUAGGCGGUGCUGACUUCAGUGCUAUGGAACUAUUGGACGCAGAUAGAGUACCCUUACAAUCAGGAGGUCUGCAAGCACAACGAGAUAUUGUUCAGUUUGUGCCAUUUAGCAAAUUUCUUUCACAAGGGGAUCCUCGUACAGCUAGACUGCGCCUUGCUAAAGAAGUCUUGGCUGAAGUGCCUCGGCAGUUAGUCGGUUACAUGAAAGCUAAUCGAAUCGUACCGAAUGCGCCUCGUUUAAAUCCUAUCGAUUUACCACCAAACCCGGAUCAAUUCUAAUUUUCCAUUUUUUGCAUGCCAUUAUUUUGUGUUCGUAUGAAAAGUACGAGUUGAUUUAGCGUCGCUUGUAGUAUUUGUUUCCCUGCUUCGAGAUUGGAUCUAUUCAUUUUCUGCUGAACUUUCGAAUCAAAAAUGAUAAUUAUGUUUUAAUUGUUACCAAUUUUUUUUACGAUCGAUCGAAUCUCGUAUUUUAACUGAUUAUAUAUACUUUUGAGCUUGAAAUAUUACCUCUUUCUUCAAUUUUUUGUUAAAAUGAAUUUUCUAUGUUUUUUAAAUUUUUUUUACGACGUGAGGUGGCGGUAGCAGCUGUGCGAGGGCCACUUGUAAAAGGAAGUGUUACCAGAAAUUUUUUGUUAUUGGUUCUUCGCAUGAGAUGUGAUUACUUCAAAUGCCCAGCAUUACUAUAUUGUAUUAUGGAAGCACACGCCAUCCAGCGCUAGCACUGCUUCCGAUUUUUCUCUGAUCAAAAUAUUGAAAAAUCUGCGUGAUUUGUAUAUUCUCAUGUGCUUUAUGCUUUUGUAUGUUACACGAUGCAAAAAUCCAUUCCGUUUAUAUUAUUACGAACAAUGAUGGUUUUCUGAAUAUUUUUCUAAUAUUUUAAUUACAUAUAAUUUUUUUAUUUUCUGUUUAAAUUUUAUAUGUUUCUGCUUGAAAAAAAAAAAUAAAAAGUUACGUUUGUAAUUUUU